UCCUCUUUUUCGGCUCUCACGGGAGCUGCUCCGCGUGGGACGGGGGCAAUGUCCCCACCUCAGGGGACAUGGGGGCCUCGAGCUCCCUCUCACCUGCCACCGCUCCCUGCUGGCAUCACCCUCUGUCCCCUGGUGACACGUGGGUGGUGCUUUUCCAGCUCUGAGGGAACUGGGGUUUGUCCCCUGGAAAACUCGUGGAUCUUGGUGCCGGAGAGCAGGUGGGGGCUCUGGUGGAAGGUGAAGCUCUCUCACAGCACGGUGCUGCUUUUGCUCCAGGUGUUUUGCAUCUCCCUCUGGAUGAGCUGUCCUGGCUCAGGACAGGGAUUUGUGUCCAUCCAGGCUCAGCUCAUGCAGGAUCACCAGCUGCCACUGGCAAUUUCCAGCUCCUGGCGGUCACAGGGCUGAGGUCAGGAUGGCUGGGGACAGCUCUUGGCUGGUGACCCUCUCUUUGGGGGUACAAACAAGCCAGGCUGAUUUCCUCACUGGGAAUGCACUGUGGGAUGGGCAGGACCUGAUGAGCAGCUUCUCUUCUUCCCUGCACCCCAAGAAUGGCUUUGGGUUCCCCCUCUCCUGCGUGUGUGAGGCCAGGAGCCUCUCAGGAGCAGGGCAUGGAUUUGGGGUGCUUGGGGAGCAGGGAAGAGGGGCAGCCAGGCUGGAGGAGCCCGAGGGGACCCUCUGGCUGUGCUUUCAAUGAGGGAUACCCAAACCCUUCCCAAAGGCUCCCAAGAGAUUCCCAAGCCACUGUGGGCAGCAGAGGAGCCGUGGUGGACGGGACAUGUCACUGCUGCCACAUCCCCUUCUGUGUCCAGCCAAACUCUGCAAAUUCAACAUCCUCCCCCAGAGCUUCCCCCUUCCCCUUGCAGCUCUGCUGAGGCCAGCAGCUGGUUUAUUCCACGGGCUGCAUUUAUUUUCCUCAUCCUCCCAUCCCAUGUGCUUCUCCUCGGGAUGAGAACGCUCGGCAAUAUCCGUGUCAGCUCCAGCUGGAUGCCAAAACCACGAGCCCAGGGUGAUUCCCAUGCCAGCCCUAACGGGGCUGUAGGAGAAGCAGAGAUGGCUAAUGCAGCCCCUAAAUGCUGAAAAUUCCUUGGGGAUUUAUCCAGCUCAGCUCAUGCCUUAGGCCGGUGUGGAGGGAGCUGCCGCUGUGCCCUGGGACACUGAAGUGUCACCUGUCCCCCAUCCCGACAGAGAGGAGAGAGCAGGGGAAGAUCCCUGGCUGCAGACCCCAGCAUCCCAGCUCCCCGGGACCACACGGAUCAGCUGCCAUUCCCACAGACCAUGGCUCUUCCCAACCUGUCCGAUUACCUGGACGGCCUCAACAACAACUACAGCGACUACCCCGACUACACCUACGAGGACACGGGCAGCGUGUGGGCAGACCCGGCCCACGACCCCAAGGACAUCACCAGGAUCCUGUCCGUCAUCAUCUACAGCGUGUCCUGCGUGCUGGGCAUCCUGGGCAACGGCCUCGUCAUCGCCAUCAUCACCCUGAAGAUGAAGAAGUCGGUGAACGCCGUCUGGUUUCUCAACCUGGCCGUGGCCGACUUCCUCUUCAACAUCUUCCUGCCCAUCAACAUCGCCUACACGGCCAUGAGCUACCACUGGAUCUUCGGCACAGUCAUGUGCAAGCUCAACUCCUUCCUCCUCAUCCUCAACAUGUACACCAGCGUCCUGCUGCUCACCACCAUCAGCUUCGACCGCUACGUGUCUGUGGUGUUCCCGGUGUGGUCGCAGAACCACCGCUCCACCAACCUGGCCUACGGCGUUUGUGUGGUCAUCUGGACCCUGGGCAUCGUCAUGAGCUGCCCCUCGCUCGUCUUCCGGGACACGGCGCAGACCCGAAGCUCCGUGAUUUGUUUCAGCAACUUCUCCCUCUCCAGGAAUAAAUCCUACGAAGGGCUGGCUCUGGUGAGGCACCGCACCGUGAACAUCACCAGGUUCCUGGCCGGGUACAUCCUCCCCAUCACCAUCAUCACCUUCUGCUACGUCGCCAUCGUCUUCAACCUGCGCCGCAACCGCCUGGCCAAGUCCAAGAAGCCCUUCAAGAUCAUUGUCACCAUCAUUGUCACCUUCUUCCUCUGCUGGAGUCCCUACCACCUGCUGAACCUGCUGGAGACGGUGCCCGACGCUGUGCCCUGGUCUGUGUUCGAGAUCUUCAUCCCGCUCACCACGGCUCUGGCAGCCUCCAACAGCUGCAUGAACCCCGUCCUCUACGUCUUCAUGGGCCAGGACUUCAAGAAGUUCAAGGUGACUCUCCUUUCCAGGCUGGUUAACGCCCUCAGCGAGGAGACAGGACACUCCAGCAUCGUGCACAGGAGCUUCUCCAAGGUCUCCUCCAUGACUGAGAAAGAGACAACAGUUGUCUAAACUCAGCCCGCGGGAGGGACAGAAUCCCCUGGUGUUGGCACUGUGAUGGUGACCAGCCCUGGGGUGGUCAAACAUUGUCCUGCACUGUCCUACAGCCCAUUUUUGACUGGUGUUGCUGCCUGGGGGCUGGCAGGAGAUGGAGACCCCCAAGGUGUGGAGAAGACACAACCACCCUUGAUCCUGUGUGGGAUUGCAAAAAUCCUUGCGCCAAACUAAGAAAAUAUUUUUGGGCAUUCCCAUCCAAACUGUGCAUUGCCUGACCCGGGAAGGGCUUUCCUGGUGUUUCCAGAGGCACCGUGGUGGGGGGCAAGAUAUAAGGAAGGCACCUCCUGUGCCAUGGCCAGAUUGGUGACACUCCUCUGUCCCAUGUCUGUGACUCCUCAUGGGAAAUUCCUGAGGUAUUUUGGUACCAGAACAAAGUGACUUUUUUGGGAAGUGUCCUUAGGAGGGUUUGGAUUAUCCCACCUCAAAUGUCUUCUAAGUGACCCAGAUCCAGGGCCACCUUCCAGUGUGGGGAUUGGGCUCAUGCACAGGGCCACCAGCAUGGAAAACUGGGAGAAGAAAGAGGGAAAGGUCAAUUUGAAAUGUGUUUUUAACCCUCCUUUUGAUGGGCACAUUCCACACGGUACAUCCUGCAGGAAAGGUGGGUGUUUGGGACCAGGAACAGGCCCAUGAGCUGGGAAUGAGCUUCUGGGGAGAACCUGCUGUCCCCUCAUGCACAUCUUGGGAUGCUCUGGGAAUCUCCUGGGAGACUCUGCAGCAAAGGAUGGGCUGAGCCACCACCUCAGUCCAGUUUCACACCCAGUUAAUUUGGGAGAUCCUUCUCCAUUAGAGCUCCUUCACCACAGCCCUGGUGUCCCCCUCAUUUAUGUGUCACUCCCAGGACAGCGAGGAAUCCCUGGAGCUGGAAUUAAGCAGUCCCCAGUGGCCCUGGGGACAUUUCAGGAGGUCCCUUGGGAAGCUUUGUGCAGAUUUUGGCAGCUGAGAAUCUGCUCCGAGGUGCCCACAGAAGCUGAAAUAUUUAUUUAUAGCUUUCCUUGGAUUUCAGCAAACGGAAAAUAAAAUGGAGAGACAUCUCCCAGGAAAAGGCAGGGAGCUAUUUCCAGGCAGCAGAUCCUGAAAUCCUGUGGCAGGAGAGGGAUUUCAGGAUGCCAGGAUUUCAAGAUUUCAAGAUUUCAGGAUUUCAGAAGGAUUAUCCGGCAUUCUCUCCGCCCCGGUGCUGCCCCACCUCCAUCUCAUCCCCUCCUCUGUGUGAUGGGACACUCAGCACCUGGAUUGUCCCUGUGUCUCCUGGGGUUGGGGUGCACCCACUCCCUAGGGAGCACUGCUAUGUCCCUGCACCACACCACAUCCCAUGGCCAAGCCCAGGGCUACUCCCAGCCCUGAUCCACAGAGAUUUUUCCCCCCAAAUCCAUGCUGGCUCCAUACCCAUGGAAGAUGCAUUGCCUGAGGAGGCAGCAGGGCCUCUCUGGUGGUGGGAGGAGGCUCCUCUUGCUCAUUUUCCCCAGUAUUUAAUUAAUAUUGCUGGAAUGUUGCCAGGAUCCCACUAGGAGUGGGAUAAGACAGAUGGGAUGGACGGGACAGAUGGACAUACAGGGACACACAGAACUUGCAGAGGAUCUGUUUAGGGAGCAGUGGGAAUGGGAUGGACCCAGAGCCAGCAGCCUCUGGGGCUUUUUGGGCUCAGGGUUUGGAGAAGGCCUGGAUGUGGGAGCAGUGGGAUGAAGCCUCAAGAACUGGAUGCCAUCCCACAAUCCCACACCUCCUCAGGUUGGUGCUGGGAUGUUCAUAAUGGAUUUUCAGGAUGCUCCUCCCUAAUUCUGGGGUCUGUUUUUUCCAAGCCCAUCUGCUAUUACUCCAAACAUCAGUGCCUUGGUACUUACCCUGGGGGGUUAAAUCAUCCCUGUAAUGGCAGCUUGGCAAUCCCAAGUUUCCCAAAUAUUUGAGUGCAUCUUUGUAGCUGUUUGCUUAUUUAAUAAAACCUCUGUUUUCCAGGCAAAUACCUCCAAGUGUGGAGUGGGAAGGAUCCCAGGGUUUUUCCCUGAGCAGUCACUUCCCUGUGUGUAUUCCUGAGCCCUGGUGUCCAAUCUGGAAUUGUGGAAAGAGCUCAGGAGCAGAGGGAUGGGGCUUGUGUGACUGAGGUGGGAUCUGAGCCUCUUGGGUGGGCUUUGGGAGGUCUCCCAUGGAUGAUCCAAGUGCUCCACCCCACCAUCCAUCCAGACACCAGUGCUGCUGCUCUGUUCCUCCUCCUGAUCCUGAUUCUCCUCAUCCUGCCAGGGUUUGGGAGGAAAAGGGAAAAAUCCACUGAGUUUUUUCCUGCUGGACCCUGUUAGCUUUGAAUUAAGCUCCCCGAAGAAUAUCAGUGAUUUCUGUUCCCGUGUCACCCACUGAGACAGGCAGCAAACAGCUCACCCAGGCAGCAUUAAAAAAAAUCACAUUUUUAUAUGUCUAUAAAAUAGAAGCAGGGGGAAAAAAAUAACAUUCCUCAGAAAACUUCAGCCUCCUCAGCCAAGUUUUUCUUCCCUUUUUGGCAGAGUGGCAAAGAAAUGCAGCUCAGUAUUGCCCCAGUUCCUCUGAUAGUCCCAAAAUACUGCAGGAGCUGCAGCUCUGGGAUCUCCCAGGGUGCUGAGGAUGGAUCCUGUCAGCAUUCCUUGGGUUUUUUGCAGAGCUGGAUAUUUUGUUGGUGGAGGGGAGGGGGCUGCACUCCCCCAGAGCGUUGGGAAGCUCCAAUACAUUAAAUCAAGGAUCCUUGGAUGUAUCCAGGUGACCCCAAUCCCACCCCUGCACUGCUCAGCUGGAGACAUCCUUAGCUGUUAAUUAACAGAGUCCUCUUGAUUAACGGCAGCAGGAGGUUAAUGACCAGGGGCAGCUCCAGGGGAACGUGCACAAACUGGAAUUAGCAUCCAAGGAAAGGGCUGGCUGGGAGCUGCAGCUCCAGGGCUGCUGGUGCCGGGAUCUGCUGCCCCUUUUGGGGCAGAAAUCAAUGAAAUUGGGAUGCAGCUGGGUUCAGCACCUCAGAGCCCAGGGGUGAGUGGGAUGCAGAGCCACCACCAUCCCAUGAAAUCUGGAAUUAAGGCAGUUGUGGGGAUUUUAGGGUCAGUCAAGACUUGUGGUAAAGAGGAAUAGCAGGUUUUGGAGCUGGAGCACAAACCCCCAUCCCAGAACCCCCAUCCCCAGCCUUGGAGCCCCAACCCCUUUCCAGGCCCUUUAUCCCAAACUCUGGGACCCCAACCUUCAGCCCAGAAUCCCCAGCCCACACACUCAAUCCCCACCUCCCAAAUCCUGUUCCCAACCACCUCCCUCUCCCUCCCCUAGUUCCCAAUUGUGCUGUGUGCUCCAGGGAUGUUGGUGCAGCCCACUGGGAGCUGUGGCAGGACUGGUCCUCACCCAGCACAUCCCAAACCUAUCCCAUUCCCUCUGCUGCUUCCCUGGAUUUAACCCCCCACCCCAAACCCAAGGCUGGGUCUCAUUUCCUGGGAGAAAUUACUCUGGAAUAGAACAAACCCUGCUCCUGUGGAACGUGUUACCACCCUUUAUGACAGCUCUUUUUCACUUGGCUGUCACGGCCCUAAAAUAAAGCUGUGUUUUCCCUCUCCCAUAAAUCACUGCCUUUAUUCCGA